AGGAGGCGGCGCGGUUCGCGCUCGCGGUUCCUUUGUGCGGAGCGGCGUUGCGAUGCUGGCCGGGGGGAAGAAGGCCGCGGAGGCGGCGGGCGGUGAGGGCGGGCCCGAGGCCCCGGUGCCUCCGUCCGCUGCCGUGGGAGCGCUGGGUUCCUCCUCUGAGAGCGGCGCGGCCGCGGAGCGCACUCCUCGUAAGAAGGAGCCGCCUCGGGCCUCGCCUCCGGGUGGUGCGUCCGAACCGCCCGCCGCCCCCGCGUCCGGCGGUGAAACCACCGGCAUCGCUGAGACCCCCGAGGGCCGCAGGACCAGCCGCCGCAAACGGGCCAAGGUAGAGUAUAGAGAGAUGGAUGAGAGCCUUGCAAACCUCUCAGAAGAUGAGUAUUACUCUGAAGAAGAGAGAAAUGCUAAAGCUGAGAAAGAGAAGAAGCUGCCACCUCCACCUCCACCUGCUCCUGCAGAAGAAGAGAAUGAAAGUGAGCCCGAGGAGCCAUCUGGUGUGGAGGGUGCAGCUUUCCAGAGUAGACUUCCACAUGACCGUAUGACAUCUCAAGAAGCUGCCUGCUUCCCUGAUAUAAUCAGUGGGCCACAGCAGACUCAGAAGGUGUUUCUGUACAUCAGGAACCGCACCCUGCAGCUCUGGUUGGAUAACCCAAAGAUUCAGUUGACGUUUGAGGCGACUAUCCAACAACUAGAAGCACCUUACAAUAGUGAUACGGUGCUGGUUCACAGAGUACACAGCUAUCUGGAGCGGCACGGACUGAUCAACUUCGGUAUCUACAAGAGAGUGAAGCCUCUUCCAACCAAGAAGACUGGGAAGGUGAUCAUCAUUGGUUCUGGUGUGUCUGGCUUGGCAGCAGCUCGCCAGCUGCAGAGUUUUGGGAUGGAUGUCACGGUUCUGGAAGCCAGGGACCGAGUGGGAGGAAGAGUGGCUACCUUUCGCAAAGGGAACUAUGUGGCUGAUCUGGGAGCAAUGGUGGUGACAGGGCUUGGAGGAAAUCCCAUGGCUGUGGUCAGCAAACAAGUGAACAUGGAGUUGGCAAAGAUCAAACAGAAGUGCCCACUGUAUGAAGCAAAUGGACAAGCUGUUCCAAAAGAGAAAGAUGAAAUGGUGGAGCAAGAAUUCAAUCGUCUGUUGGAAGCCACCUCUUAUCUCAGUCAUCAGCUGGAUUUUAAUGUUCUCAAUAAUAAGCCUGUCUCCCUUGGUCAGGCUCUGGAGGUUGUCAUACAAUUGCAGGAGAAACAUGUGAAGGAUGAGCAGAUUGAACACUGGAAAAAAAUAGUGAAAACACAGGAGGAACUGAAAGAUCUUCUUAACAAGAUGGUAAAUUUGAAAGAGAAGAUCAAAGAGCUCCAUCAGCAGUAUAAGGAAGCAUCAGAAGUGAAGCCACCUCGGGAUAUUACAGCAGAGUUCCUCGUAAAGAGUAAACACAGAGAUCUGACUGCACUUUGCAAGGAGUACGAUGAAUUGGCAGAAACACAAGGAAAGCUGGAAGAGAAGCUGCAGGAACUUGAAGCCAAUCCACCAAGUGAUGUUUAUCUGUCUUCAAGGGAUAGGCAAAUACUUGACUGGCAUUUUGCAAACCUGGAAUUUGCUAAUGCUACACCCCUCUCCACGCUUUCACUGAAGCACUGGGACCAGGACGAUGACUUUGAAUUCACAGGCAGCCACCUGACUGUGAGGAAUGGCUAUUCCUGCGUGCCUGUGGCCUUGGCAGAGGGGUUGGAUAUCAAGUUGAAUACAGCAGUUCGGCAGGUUCGCUAUACAGCUUCAGGCUGUGAAGUGAUCGCUGUAAACACUCGAUCUACCAGCCAGACGUUCAUUUAUAAAUGUGAUGCUGUGCUGUGUACCCUUCCCUUGGGAGUCCUGAAGCAGCAGCCUCCAGCAGUGCAGUUUGUACCACCUCUCCCUGAGUGGAAAACUUCAGCAGUACAACGUAUGGGAUUUGGCAACCUUAACAAGGUUGUGUUGUGUUUCGAUCGUGUCUUCUGGGAUCCAAGUGUCAAUUUGUUUGGUCACGUUGGUAGCACUACUGCAAGCAGAGGGGAACUCUUCUUGUUUUGGAACCUGUAUAAAGCACCCAUCUUGUUGGCCUUGGUAGCAGGAGAAGCAGCGGGAAUCAUGGAAAAUAUCAGUGAUGAUGUCAUUGUUGGGCGAUGUCUUGCCAUCCUCAAAGGCAUAUUUGGCAGCAGUGCUGUGCCGCAGCCUAAAGAGACUGUGGUCUCCCGUUGGCGUGCUGAUCCAUGGGCGCGGGGCUCAUACUCCUAUGUAGCAGCUGGAUCUUCUGGAAAUGACUAUGACUUGAUGGCUCAACCAAUUACUCCAGGACCAGCCAUUCCAGGUGCUCCACAGCCCAUUCCUCGCCUGUUCUUCGCAGGAGAGCACACAAUUCGCAACUACCCUGCCACAGUACAUGGUGCUUUACUGAGUGGACUGAGAGAAGCAGGGCGCAUUGCAGACCAAUUUCUGGGGGCCAUGUAUACUUUGCCCCGCCAGCCUACACCUGGGGUGCCCACACAACAAGCUACCAGCAUCUAAGGGGAUGAGGAGGGAUCAGAAGAGGGCUAACAAAGCCACGGAGCUGCUGCUGGGUGAACUGCUUGGGAUGAAGGCAUUCAUGUAGUUUGGUCAGAGUAUCUACUGAAGGGACUUGGCCAUAAGUUGCUGUUUUAGAAUGGCCUUACAGAAGCCAGUUGGCUUGGCAACCCUUGACAAAAACCUCAUGUGUCAGCGUAUACAGAAUCUUUUACUACCAAAUUGGGCAGGGAGGUUUAGUUCGACUCUGGGUGCUUUCUGGAAGCCAAGCUUAUAGUUGGAGUUUUAGAGGGUUUUGUUCUACCUAUUUGUCUCUUUACAACCCAGUAAUUGCAGAAGAGGCCCUUUAGAAGUUGGUUUCUGUGAACUGUAGAGCUUAGUGUAGAAUUAAUGGAAAUUAUUUUGCUUAAUUUUGUUUUGAAGAACGUUUUUGACCAAUUUGCUGCCUCCCCGGUGUUUGAGGCUUUGGUACAACUUUCCCUACCAGUGACAGAACAUUGCACCCCUCCAGAGUGUGCCAAGCGUGCUGCAUUGGGAAGUAUUUUCAACAGAAGAAGUGACCCAAACUGGAUAUUCUGAUGUUAAAAGCUAGGAAGAAGAACUUGUGUUUGUUUAUAUAGAGGCAGGGUUGCCCUGACAGUGAGCUUGUGAAGGACUUCAUCUCAUGAUCACUGUGGGUUGUGCCUGGUGGGUUUUUAACCCUUUCUUUCAAAGCCCAAAGGGAAACUCUUUCUGCUGGGGUGAGGGGACAGUGUUACAGCUGCCAGGUUAUCCUUAAAGUGACUCUUUUCUUUCCUUCUUCCUCACUCAGUGCACAGAACAUUCAUCUCAUCGUGCAGGAUGCUCCUAUUUAAUCGUGUAGGGCGUUCUUUCCCCCAUCUCUGCUUAGCACUGUGUUUUUCUUCUCAGAACUUUUCUCAUCCAUCUUCCUAGAGGUUUACUUACAUCUCUCUGUGAUCUUUCACACUUUUCUACGUACCCCUUUUUAGGUAACCCUUUGUUCUCUCUGAUGCUCUGUGUAUGUGUGUGAUCUGUCCCACCUUCUGUUCCACUGCUGGAUUCAUACCCACCCAUUUCCUGCUCUUCCCUCUGCAUUUUCACUCUCACUUUAUUCCUGAAGAUGAUGCGCAGACAAACAUGACUGCAACCCCCAUUUAUUUAUAGCAGUGUGGGUUUUGUCUGCAGGCUUUCCUUCUUGGUAUCAUUGCUUCCACUUUUUUCUUGUGCCUCAGUCUUAAAGCUGGAGAUCAUUCUUCCAUCUGACUGUAUCUGUUUUCUUUAUAGGCAGAGCUUCUGAUGGGCACUGAGAACAGGGGAUGAACUCUGUUAUGGUGGAGACAGUGGGCUGAAUCAGAGCUGGUCAUCUUUGCUUUCCCUUCAGGAGAUGAGGACUUGGUGGUGCUUGGUUAGGAACUGGAAGUCCAGCAGGGCACAAAGGAGCAGUGCCCAAGGGAAGGUUCAGAGGGCAUAGGCUUAUUUGAGACUGUUUAGGUAAAAGCCUACCUGGAAUAGAGUCCUAGAAUGGUUUGGUUUGGAAGGGACCUUUAAGAUCACCUGGUUCCAGCCCGCUGCAAUAGGCAGGGAUACCUCCCUCCCUCCAGCCCAUGUGAUGCUCACAGCUCCAUCCAGCCUGACCUCGAGCCCUCCCAGGGAGGGGGGCAUCCACAGCCUCACUGGGCAGCACGUUCCAGCAUCUCACUGCCCUCAUGGUGGUGAAUACUAUGAGAGAAAUGGUGUUCCAUGGUGACAGUAUAACAAGCCUCUGAAAUCCAUCAAUAGCUGAUCUGUUUUCUUGGCUGUUGUGACAGAAGGUGGGAAGUGGGUCUGAGGAGCAUAGGGGAGAACACUUAUCCUAUGGCCAGCAGACCUGGAUCAGGUGGCCCAGUCUGAUGUUGAGGACCAGCCCUGCCAGGCUGUGCAAUGUAGCUUCCAUCCCUCAUCCAGGAGCUGGAGCUCUGUGCUCCUUGCCCUUGUGUGACUCCCAGCACUUAGAAGCUGCAGGUAAAGAGCUGCUAUCCUCCAGGGGCUGCCUGCCACCUCCCUCUGCUGGUGGCUCCCAUUCCAACUCAGGAGCUCUCUGCUCUGGUCUGCUCUUCUUGCCAGGGUCUGUUUGAAGAACCUUCAGUACAUUUUCCCACCACCUAUGACAUGCUGAGGAGCAGAAAUCAUUGCAAUCAAAUGGAUCACUAGAUCUUCUCCCUCUCAGCAUCCUUCCUCGUGGCGUGGUUUCCUUCCAGCUGCUGCCCUGCCUUCCCCUUUUGCUGCCUAUCUGUUAGCACAGCUUGGGAUUGAAGGCAGCCAGGCUCUAUCCCAAAUGCAUGCGAUGGAGACUGGCUGCACCCUCUGUUUGCAUCGCUCCCCAUCUGUUCUCAGGGACUCACCGCUUCUCGCUCUGUGGGUACGUGAGCUGUAUUUCUGAGAAUAAAACCGAUUGGUGCUGUG